AUGCCAUUUCCCCUUUUCCACCCAGGACUGUAUCUUGUCGCUGCCUGUACUGCAUUCUUCUGGAGGUUUCUCAAUCGAGACUAUGGGAUCUUUCUGAAGAAAUGUUCUAUUGCAAAGCAACACGCUAUACCGGUAUUUCCCAGAAUCAACGGCGCUGAGGAUGCCAUGGGUGUUCCUCACCGAGAAGAGCCAUCUAUCUCUUCUCUACCAUCACCUGCCCACUCUCCAGGAGACAAGAGGCAUAAGAAAGAAUUUCGUCUUCAUUGGUGCGCUUCCUCUAGUGUCGGUACCAUGGGCGUGCAGAGCGCCAGCUUACUACGCGACGAUCCCUCCUCUCCAGUUGCGGGCGUGGAAGCCGUGGCCAGUCUUGCGAAUCACGCGUAUUCGGUCUCACUCGGUGCAAAUCACUAUAUGUUUUUAUUACAGGGACGCUGA